CAGGCGAGUUGGUAAACAAGCUCUGCGCCUCGUGGUGCCACGGGGCGGGUGUCGGCGAGCAGGCAGUCGGGGUAGGGAGUGGCGCCGUGCGGGGCGAGGUGAAGCCAGGAAAAGAGUGUGCAGAAGAGAUGGCAGUGAGCAAGGCAGAGAAAAAUAGUAGUGGGACUGUGUCAUAGAAGGAGCGCCAGAGGUGAUCAGUCAUGGCAGGUGAUGCCAUCAUGGUGAUGCGAGGAUUGACAAAGCUCAGUAAGGCAGUCCUAGAGACACAGGCAGGACAGCUCCGACAAGUAAUCCUCGGCGGGGACGCAGUAACCAUAGCCCGGAGCUUUCAGGCUGUUGCUGAGGAGCAGUUCAGUGCUGCUAUGGGGAAAAUGCAGGAACUGGGCAAACAACAGGAAAACUUGAAAGAUAUUGGUGAGGACUUUGGAAAAGAAUAUAACUUUUCAGAGUCAGAGUUGGGAGGUAUAACAGAGGACUUCUCUCCCCUUCCUCAAGACCAGCCUCACAAGCACAGUAGUACAGAGGGCCCAUUUUAUUCUUAUGAGGCCAAAGGACCUUAUCAAAAUGGUGGGAGUGGAGAUGCCACUGCAAGUCAGAACCCCAUUUCUGCCAAAAUGAAUACAAAGCUCUUUGGAGGCUUUAGGGACCCUGGGAAUCUUUUUGUUCCUGUCUAUGGGCAAACCCGGCCUUUUCACCAAGAUCAUUCCCCUGUUGGUGGACUAACAGCUGAAGACAUUGACAAAGCCAGGCAAGCUAAAGCAGAUCCACAGAACAAGCCCCACAAACAGAUGCUCAGUGAACGUGCCCGAGAGCGAAAAGUGCCUGUUACUCGAAUUGGACGACUUGCUAACUUUGGAGGCUUAGCUGUUGGUCUCGGCAUUGGAGCAUUGGCGGAGGUUGCAAAGAAGAGUCUUAGAUCUGAAGACCGCAAUGGAAAGAAGGCUAUUUUAGAUUCCAGCCCAUUUCUCUCUGAAGCAAAUGCUGAAAGAAUUGUGAGUACCCUGUGCAAGGUUCGAGGUGCUGCACUGAAGUUGGGACAGAUGCUGAGUAUUCAAGCAGAUGAUGCUUUCAUCAACCCACAACUGCAAAAGAUAUUUGAACGUGUUCGCCAGAGUGCAGACUUCAUGCCUUUUAAGCAAAUGAUGAAAACUUUGAACAAUGAUCUUGGGCCUAACUGGCGUGAUAAACUGGAGUUUUUUGAGGAGCGACCUUUUGCUGCAGCUUCUAUUGGACAAGUUCAUUUAGCUCGUUUGAAGAACGGCAAAGAAGUUGCCAUGAAAAUCCAGUAUCCUGGAGUGGCCCAUAGUAUUAACAGUGAUGUCAGCAAUCUGAUGACUGUCUUGAGUAUGAGCAAUGUUCUUCCAGAAGGUCUUUUCCCUGAACACCUGAUUGAAGUUCUAAGGAGAGAACUGGCCCUGGAAUGUGAUUACAAGAGAGAAGCUGCCUGUGCCAAGAAGUUCAGGGAGCUGCUCAAAGACCAUCCCUUCUUUUACGUCCCCGCUGUGGUGGAUGAACUGUGUGGUCAGCGUGUCCUUACAACAGAACUUGUGUCGGGGUUUCCACUGGAUCAGGCUGAAGAUCUAAGCCAGGACAUUCGGAAUGAGAUCUGCCACAACAUAUUAGUUUUGUGCCUGCGGGAGCUGUUUGAGUUCAGGUACAUGCAGACUGAUCCAAACUGGUCUAACUUUUUCUACGACCCAGAGUUGCACAAGGUGGCUCUUCUGGAUUUUGGAGCAACACGUGGCUUUGAUGAGAAAUUCACAGAUAUGUACAUAGAGUUAAUCAAAGCAGCUGCUGACAUGGACAGAGAGAGAGUGCUGAAGAAGUCAAUAGAAAUGAAAUUUUUAACUGGCUAUGAAAACAAGGCUAUGGAAGAUGCCCACUUGGAUGCUGUCCUCAUUCUUGGAGAAGCUUUUGCAUCCAGUGAACCUUUUGAUUUUGGCUCUCAAACUACCACUGAGAAGAUACAUAGAUUAAUCCCAAUCAUGCUGAAGCACAGGUUGGUCCCUCCACCAGAAGAGACCUAUUCUCUUCAUCGGAAAAUGGGUGGCUCUUUUCUCAUAUGCUCCAAGCUGAAGGCCAAAAUUCCAUGCAAGGAUAUGUUUCAAGAAGCCUACAAUAAAUACUGGAGUGAAAAGACCAAAAAGGAGUAGUGGCACAAAAGAACUAUUAAAUGUUGUCUUAUGAAUAUGGCCAAUCAUCAAGCUCUGGCACACCACAGUACUGUUUCUUCCCUAUCACACCUCCAGAAUUGCUUCAGCAAUGCAGCAGAUGAUCUGGAAGCAGAAUAAUUUUGAGGACAUUGUUCUUUUGUUGGGUAUAGUUCCUCGACUUAACA